AUGGAUGAAGAAAUGCUAGAGGCUGCUGUCCAAUUUGUGGACGAACUUGUUGAACUUGGGGUACUUCCAAGCAUCGAUGAAGGACUGACCGUCCUCACCAACGCCCCUCUAUUUGUGGUCGGGAAGGAUGGCCAACCGGGACAAUGGCGGGUAAUUGCCGACAUGCUACGGGGUGGUCAGAACGAUUGUGUUGGGCAGGACCCUGUCUUCAUGCCCAGGAUUGCUCACAUUGUGGACCAAAUGUACACUGAAGGAUACUCUGCAGUGGUCGACCUGUCCAAGUUCUUUUACAAUUUUCCGACACACCCAGAUGACCGACCGUACCUUGGUCUCCUACAUCCUAAGACCGCGGAGCUACUGACCUACUAUGGGCUAGCUAUGGGAGCCGGCAACAGUCCAGCCAUUGCCUGCCGAAUCGGUCUCGCCUUUGUACGACUUGUGAAGGAGAAAUUUGGCGUUUUCCAAGGUGAAGCCAGAGCUAACUGCUACUGGACGGGUCUACAAGCCAACGGAUUCGAUCCCAAGCUUGGCUAUGGAUUCAUCUUGACCUCCAACGAUGGAGGAGCUGUGCACAUCUGGGUCUGGGUGGACGACUUCCUCAUCCAUGGGCCCACGCACGAAAAGACAGCCCGAGGGCUGCAAUUCUUCUUGGACACGGCAGUUGACUGUGGAUUCCUCUUUCACCCAAAGAAAUUGGUACCGCCUCAGCAAGUUGUCAAGUACUGUGGUUUCCUCUUUGACACCACAGCUGUCCCUUGCCUUCGAAUCCCAGAAGCCAAGAAAGAAAGGGCACUGGCCAUAUGUGAUUACUUGAUCCAAUCUCCAAAGCACAAGAGGUGGUCCCGUCUUGGUCUUGCGGUUGCAGUCGGCGUUUUGGAGUCUCUUACAGAAGCAACUCCCCGGCGAUUGGGACAUACGCAUCUCAAAGAGUUCCACACCAUUGUCCACCCACCAGGACUUGGCAACGGAGCGGCACCCUACUACACUACCACCUUCCUCAACUCGGAGGUGCUCGACGAACUCCAUUGGUGGCGACAGUUCCUCACUCGGAGUGAAGGACGCUUUGUCAGAGGAUGGGAAGCUGCAACACUGGUUCCAACCUUUGGCGACGGAAGUGGAACUGGCACCGGAGGCACCAUACAACUCCCAAAUUGUGACUUUGAGAUGUGGCGAGGAAAAUGGAAACCAUCCAUCUACAUCUUCCCUUCUGUAUGGAAAGAGUUAGCGACCCUGAAAGAGACCCUGCUUCGAAUCAAAGAAAGCCCCCAUGCCCACCAGGUGAUUGGGACUACCGUUUUCUACUUCACUGACAACUCGGGAGUUUACUGGAUUGCCACCACAGGCUCUUCCCGGACACGCUCCCUCCACAAAUUGAUUAGCGAGAUCAGACUUCUUGAACUGGACCUGCAAUGUGUCCUCCAAGUUGUCCAUGUACCAGGCCGAGUGUUGAUCACCCAAGGGACUGAUGGCCUCAGUCGCGGCGUUUGGAUGUCGGCACUUCAAAACAUUAUGGAUUCUGAUAGACUGACUCAGGCUAUCUUUGAUCCAGUCCCCUUUGACAUGGCUUUGGUGUGGACCCACCUUCCACAAUCGGCCCCUGUGACGCAGUACAGAUCCUGGAACCAACCCUGGACAGCAUCCCUCUGCCUCCACCAAACCACAGUAUGGUGCCCACCGCCGGAGCUGGCCCGCCAGCUCCUCACCUUCUUGCUCAACUCGUGGGUUGAAUGCCCCUUCACCACCUCCGCGCUGCUCUUUGUCCCCAGAGUUGUUGAAGCUUCCUGGCAACACAUGUCUCGUUGGACAAGACUCCCAUUGCCGCCCCCUCUUGGCAUGCCGCCCAAGCCACACUUAUGCGCGGGUUGCCAGAGAGGGUUCAGCCGCAAGGAGACUGAGACACGGCUUCAAUGCACGUUUUCCGCUAAGGGAUUCGGCCGAUUCCGUGCCUGUGGCUCCACCUACCACCGUGACUGUUUCCGCGCUGGGGAACCCUUCAAGACUCGCCGCCUCCGCGAUGAAGGCUUGACCUUCCCCCGCCACGCCACCUGGCCCAACUUUGUCUGCGAAGCCUGCACUGUGCGACAGUACCUACAACGCGAAUUAGUUCGUGCCGACGACCUCCUCCUCUUGAUGUUGGAACGCGUCAGGAUGUUGGACAUCAUCUCCUCAUGGGCCAAAGGAACCCACGCUAGCUACAAGUCGAAACUGAGUAUUAUCCGCCAAUUUGAGACCAAUUUUGCCAUACAAGUAUUGCAGCCCACCGCUCUGCUGGAGCCCCCUUCCGGCCCUGAUAUAUCCCCCUCAUGUGGUGUCAGGAAUGGUACAGCCUCCGCCAUUCCACCAAGAAACACGACCGAGGUGCUCAAACUCCCAUCAGCUUUGGCACAGUCCGAGCCCUCCGAUCGGCCGCUUCCCAACACUCCGCAAAAUGCAUACAUGUCACAAGACAACAAAGUUCUAUAUCAAGAUUGUCGACCGACGGAUAGUUUGUCCUUCCACUUAUUUGCAAAGGGAAUGGUAGCACGAAUGGGGGAUUACUCCCGGCCAUCGGUGGCCCUUUUGGAUCGCCACAUUCGAGCUCUGGAUCACUUCUUGGACCGCCAAUUCUAUGAAGCCACUUCUGACGUCCAACGCCGAGACAUCGCUCUAGCGGGGCUAGCUAACCUGGUCCUUUGGCUGGGUUGGCUUCGCUCAGCUGAAUGCUUUGGCCUCAAUUGGGAAGACUGCUCCAUUCUGGAGCCUGAAGAUUAUGGGCAAGCGGACCUCCCAAGGAACUGUGGUAUGGUCACCUUCAGACUUAACCCAGUGACUAAAUCGGAACGCACCCGCACGGCCGAUGUCAUUAUCGCGCACACUACCCGGUCAGGCCUCUGUACCGGAAAGUGGUUCCGUCGGGCACUAUCGUACCGGGUCCGACGUACAGGGCCCGUUUUCUGCCAUGCCAAUGGCAUUGCAUGGACUUCUUUCUUCUUUCGCAGCACCUACCUUUAUCCGAGUCUCUACAAACAACGCCUGGAAGGUGACCCCCUCCUGCUACCUUUUGAUGGUACCCCUUCAAAUACCAUAGAAAGUCGCUUCUGGUCCCUCCACUGCUACCGCCGCGGUGGCCGCUCACAUGUCUCCCGAGGAGACACAUGCGGCGGUCGCCGUCUCACGAUUGCCUCUGAAACCCAGGUCUACAAACAUGGGCGUUGGCGCCUCCGCCGCUCCAACGAAAAAGUAGGCACGAGCUAUCGCAAAUGGAAACCUCGUGAGCGAGUCAAGAUCACCUUAUACUGUCACUGA